AGGCAGGGCCUUUCGGAUUAGAAGCCAGGGCAGAGAGCUCUGGAGUUGUCUGAACAGACUGAAGUCAGACGUGCAGCUGUAGCUGGGAGCCCUUCCUCCGCCACCAGCCUCUGUCCUUCCCUGUAGGAUCCAGCAGGAAGGUCUGGAUCAAGUUACAAUGCAGAUGAGGAUUUCCUUCCACUCGCACUGUGCCAUGGGCAACCCCUGUUUGUCCAGUUACCUCAUUUUCUUUUUUACUGUCCCUGUUUCUACACUGGAACCAGUGACUUUCCAGGUGAUUGGACCUGAUCAUCCCGUCAUGGUCUCUGCAGGUGAAGAUGCCCUGUUACCCUGUCACCUCUCCCCCAGCAUGAGUGCUCAAGAGAUGGAGGUGCGCUGGUUCCGAUCCCAGUUCUCUGAACCUGUCCAUCUGUAUCAGCAUGGAAAAGAUCAGGCUGAGCAGCAAAUACCAAAUUAUCAGGGCAGAACAGAGCUGCUGAAGGAUGGUAUUGUGAAUGGAAGUGUUGUCCUGCGUAUACGCAGCAUCAACCCCUCUGACCGUGGGCAGUUUAUCUGUUUCUUCCGAUCACGCAGCUUUUAUGCGCAAGCCAUUCUGGAACUGCAGGUGGCAGGUCUGGGCUCUACUCCUCACAUCUCUAUCGUCAGCUACCAGAGCGGAGGGAUCCACAUGGUGUGUGAAUCUGCUGGAUGGUAUCCGGAGCCCCAGGCGCAGUGGAGAGAUCUCAGUGGGCAGCACUUACCAUUCCUAACAGAAAAAAUAACUCAACAUGAUAACGGCCUGUUUGAAGCACUAAUUUCCAUUAUUGUAACAGAAAGUUCCAGUCAGGAUCUGUCGUGCUCUGUCAGGAACUCCCACCUCAACCCAGGGAAAGAGUCUGUGGUCUACAUCGCAGAUCCAUUCUUCCUGAGGGGCUACCCCUUUAAAGUGGCUAUGUACAUACUCCUGGUUGUUGUGGGUUUGCUCACUUUCACAGCAAGCUACUUCUUGUGGAAGCAAUACAAGGCAAAAGGGAAACUCGUUGCUGACCUUGAAGAGCUCCGGGAUAAGCUUGGAAAGCUCGAGGCUGAGCUUAAAUGGAGAAAAACUCAACUAUUUGGAGAAGUGAAGGUGACUCUGGAUCCAGAGACAGCUCAUCCUAGGCUCAAGCUGUUAGAGGACCAGAAGACUGUGACAUUGGAAUCCGAACAUCAGGAUCGGCCUGACAAUCCCGAGAGAUUUGACAAAGUUUUCUGUGUGCUGGGUUCUGAGGGAUACACAUCAGGAAAAAUGUAUUGGGAAGUGGAGGGGAUGGGGGGAAUCUGGGCCAUAGGGGUCGCCAGAGAGUCUGUGAGGAGGAAGGGAGAAAUCAAAUUUACCCCCGAGGAGGGGAUCUGGGGGAUAGAACAGUCCAGGGAUUGCUACGCCACCCCUGAGAGCUCCCUGCUAUUGUGUGAGACACCCAAGAAGAUACGGAUCUAUGUAAACUAUGAAAAGGGGGAAGUGGCAUUUUUCAACCCAGAUAAUGGUGAUCUGAUCGCCUGUCUCACAGCUUCUUUCAAGGGGGAGACAAUAUUCCCUUUCUUCUGCGUCCAUUCCCACCUCACACUAACCAUCUGAGACAUUUGGAGAUCAGAGGGGUAGGGGUAGGGGUGGGGGUGGGGUGUAACUUGUUCCAUUGGAGCCACAGCUCUGUCUCCAGCAUUCGCUGUGGCACUGGGGCUCUCCACUGGCCCCACAGCCACAGAAAGCAGGGAACAGUCAAUGUCUCUGCUGCUUCUCUCUCUCUCUAUCUCUGUGGGGCCUGCAGAGGCCCCAGGCCCAGGGAGUGAGCAAUAAUCCUGCCGUCUGUGUGGGGCAGGGGUGGUACUAAGUAGUGGGAACUGGAGAGAGGAAAUUGGGGAGGAGGAGGAGAAGGUAGGGAAUUAUUCUUAACUCUGACUCAUGCUACAACCUAAAUGCUACAAACAUACCGACAAGCUCUUUCGGUACAGAUGCAGAACCACAAAAUUCUCAGCUCUGUCAUUGGCAGAGCCUCACAGCCAGUCACCCACGCCCGUAUGGUGGGGUCUGGUGAUUCCUCACCAUCUCCCUCCCCUUUACUGUAGGGAUCCAGAUUACUUAUCACACUGCAGGGACUUGAUCCCAAUCCUAAAAGAUGCUCUGUCUCAAAAAGAUGCAGAGAGGGAACCAGAUGACAUUACCACCUCCAUGGCGAUGUCCCAAGUUAAUGCAUGCUGUAGUCAAAGCAGCAAAGUUGCUAUUUGCACUGCAACCACUGAAGGGCAGUGUUUCUGCAUGCUGACUUUACACUGUUAUGCUGGAAGGUGUUAGUGACUGCCAUCAAUCACAGAUGAGGGUAAUGUCCAUGGGUGUGCUAAAUACACUUAUUUUUUAAUGGAAGGUAUAAUUAACCCCCUUUGUGGAGUAAGAUAGCUGGAAACCAUAGGGGACUAGUAACUGCUGAUAGUAAGGGGGCACAAUUUAAAGUUUAUGGUGGUUUCAAGGAUUCAAGGCAGAUACUCAUGAGACAAAGCAGUUUUGGUUUCUAGUGUUACUUUUCAUAGAAUUAUAGAAGUGGAAGGGACCUCGAGAGGUCAUCUAGUCCAGUCCCCUGCACUCAAGGCAGGGCUAAGUAUUAUCUAGACUAUCCCUGACAGGUGUUUGUCUAACCUGCUCUUAAAA